AUGGUCAUCGAGCAAACCGACGCAAAAAUAGACCAGAAUCUACAUUUACCGCGUAUUCUUUGUCUACACGGAGGUGGCACCAACGCCAAAAUCUUCCGAGCACAAUGCCGCAUCAUCAAGCGAUAUUUAUCUACCACGUUUCGACUGGUUUUUGCCGAAGCACCUUUCUCAUCUCAGGCUGGUCCUGACGUUACCUCUGUCUACAAGGAGUUCGGCCCUUUCAAGCGCUGGCUACGGUCAAACGAAACUCAUCCGGAGAUUCACCCUGACGAUGCUGUCCAGGCUAUUGAUGACAGCCUCAAAGCGGCUAUGAGUGAGGACGACCGUCGUGGUGGCCGUGGCGAAUGGGUCGGCCUGAUUGGCUUUAGUCAAGGUGCGAAGAUUUGUGCGAGUCUCAUGUUCCGUCAGCAGGUUCGCGCCGAGCGACUUGGAUUGCAUCAUGCUGGUUCCAACUGGCGUUUUGCAGUCAUACUAGCAGGUAGAGGGCCUUUGGUCUCUUUGGACCAUAAUCUGCUUAUGACUCCUGCCUUGGUAGACGCGUCUCAGAUCUCUAUGACUGCUUUGCCAGACGAGAACUUCGUCGGUAGCACAGAGCAUGUGUUGUACCUCCCCACAAUCCAUGUUCAUGGUACCCUUGAUGCUGGAUUGGAUGAGCAUCGCAAGCUGUUGAGGCAAUAUUCCGAAAGAGGAACGACUAGGGUUAUGGAAUGGGAAGGCAACCAUCGUAUUCCCAUCAAAACCAAAGAUGUCAUGGUUUUGGUGCAAAAUAUUUUCGAUGUCGCCUAUGAAACGGAUGUUCUGACAAAACAGGUCAAUUCGGAGACAGUCUUUCCAGUUCAGAAGCUGCAAUCUCACGUUAAUGUAGCCUGA